ACGUGAUAAGUCAUAUAAUCUACCUUUUCUAACGGGUCCAUCGACACGGCAACAUAGAAGAAAUUUAGGAGUUGCCAAUCAACCAUAAAUCCAAAAUGGUGAACUUUACGGUGGACGAGAUCCGAGAGAUCAUGGACAAAAAGUUGAACAUCAGAAACAUGUCCGUGAUCGCUCAUGUGGAUCAUGGUAAAUCAACAUUGACUGAUUCAUUAGUAAGUAAAGCUGGUAUUAUAGCAGGAUCGAAAGCUGGAGAAACGAGAUUUACAGAUACCAGGAAAGAUGAACAGGAACGUUGUAUUACCAUUAAAUCAACUGCCAUUUCCCUUUUCUACAAUUUAAAUGAAGAUGAUAAACAAUACAUUAAACAAGAUCAUCAUAAAGACUGUGGUUUCUUGAUCAAUUUGAUUGAUUCCCCUGGUCACGUUGACUUCUCAUCUGAAGUAACUGCUGCUCUUCGUGUUACUGAUGGAGCUUUGGUGGUUGUUGACUGUGUGUCAGGUGUCUGUGUACAGACUGAAACUGUUUUAAGACAAGCUAUUGCUGAAAGAAUAAAGCCUGUUGUUCUUAUGAACAAAAUGGACUUGGCUCUUCUUACCUUACAAUUGGACAAAGACACUUUGUAUCACACUUUUCAAAAGAUUAUUGAAGAUGUCAAUGUUAUUGUUAAUACUUAUGGUGAAUCUGAUGGUCCAAUGGGUGAUAUUGAGGUUGAUCCUAGAAAUGGAACUGUUGGCUUUGGAUCUGGUCUCCAUGGUUGGGCCUUCACUUUGAAGGAUUUUGCAAAGAUAUAUGCUGCAAAAUUGAAAAUUGAACCUGCUAAGUUGAUAAAGAAAAUGUGGGGAAAUCAAUUUUACAAUAACAAAACUAAAAAGUGGGAUAAAGAAGAAGCUGAAGACAAUGUCCGAGGAUUCAUAUUUUUCGUCUUGAACCCCAUUUAUCAGAUCUUUGAUGCCUGUAUGAAGAAGGCUACUAAUGAAGAUGCUUUAGCUUUGGUUGAAAAACUCAAUAUUAAAUUAACAGCAGAUGAUAAACAGCUAGUGGAAAAACCUCUGUUGAAGACUAUUAUGAGGAAAUGGUUACCAGCUGGAGAUGCUAUGUUACAGAUGAUUGUAAUUCAUCUUCCAUCACCAGUCACUGCUCAAAAAUACAGAUGUGAGAUGUUGUAUGAAGGUCCUAUUGAUGAUGAUGCUGCUAUGUCAAUGAAAAAUUGCGACCCUGAAGGAGAAUUGCUUAUGUACAUAUCUAAAAUGGUACCCACAAAUGACAAAGGAAGAUUUUAUGCCUUUGGUAGAGUUUUUGGAGGAACUGUCAGUACUGGACAGAAAGUAAAGAUCAUGGGCCCAAAUUAUGACCCUGAAAAGAGCUCAAAGACUGAUUGUUAUGAAAAGAGCAUCCAACGAACUGUUUUGAUGAUGGGAAGAUAUGUAGAAGCUAUUGAAGAUGUACCCUGUGGUAAUAUCUGUGGAUUAGUUGGUGUUGAUUCCUAUAUUGUCAAAACUGGAACUAUUUCAACCUUCAGUAAAGCCCACAACAUGAAAGUAAUGAAAUUUUCUGUCAGCCCUGUCGUACGUGUUGCUGUUGACUGUAAAAAUCCAUCUGACUUGCCUAAAUUGGUAGAAGGAUUAAAAAGAUUGGCUAAAUCAGAUCCUAUGGUUCAGUGUAGUACAGAAGAAUCUGGAGAACAUAUUAUAGCUGGAGCUGGUGAAUUACAUUUAGAAAUCUGUCUGAAAGAUUUGGAAGAAGAUCAUGCCUGUAUUCCAUUGAAGAAAUCUGAUCCAGUUGUAUCUUACCGUGAAACAGUAUCAGAAGAAUCAUCUCAGACCUGCUUAUCAAAAUCUGCUAACAAACACAAUCGAUUAUUUGUUAAAGCUGCUCCUUUACCUGAAGGAUUAGCUCAAGCUAUUGAUGAUGGUGAUAUUACUCCAAGACAAGAAUUCAAAUCCAGAGCUAAAGUAUUGGCUGAAGAAUAUAACAUGGAUGUCGGUGAAGCUAGGAAAAUAUGGGCUUUUGGUCCUGAAGGAACUGGACCUAAUUUCCUUAUGGAUUGCACUAAAGCUGUACAAUAUUUGAAUGAAAUUAAAGAUAGUUGUGUAGCUGGAUUCAACUGGGCAACAAAAGAGGGAGUUAUGUGUGAAGAAAAUAUGAGAUCAGUUCGAUUCAACAUUCAAGAUGUCACUUUACAUACAGAUGCUAUUCAUCGUGGUGGUGGACAGAUUAUUCCAACAGCUAGAAGAGUAUUCUAUGCCUCUUUCUUAACUGCAGCACCAAAGAUCCUGGAACCUGUAUAUCUUGUUGAAAUUAUGGUACCUGAUGCUGCUAUGGGUGGAGUAUUUUCCACAUUGAAUAGACGAAGAGGUGUUGUAUUUGAAAACAACCCAGUUGGAAACACACCACAAACACUGGUUAAAGCUCAUUUACCUGUAAAUGAAUCCUUUGGCUUCACUGGAGAUUUAAGAUCUCAGACUCAAGGAAAAGCUUUCCCACAGUGUGUGUUUGAUCAUUGGCAGAUUUUACCUGGUGACCCCAUAAAUGAUCCCACUUCCAAACCAUAUGUAGUUGUAUCUUCAGCAAGAAAACGAAAGGGUCUCAAAGAAGGUGUUCCACUUCUGGAAAAUUUCUUGGAUAAAAUGUAAAGGACUAAAGUUGAAAUUUCACAUUUAAAGACUUCAGUGCUACUUUUUUUUAGUGCCAAUAAAGAUCAGAUCCAAAGUUCUAUUCACUUGUUUAAACUAAUUGCAUGGUAUUUGGGAAAUGGCAAUUGACAAAUUAUAUAAUUCUAGUAAAACGUAAAACAAAAGAAAUUCGCAGUUCUUAAAAAACAAUUGAUAUCUAUUGUAUGUAUAAAGUUAAUUUAAGAAUAAACUGUCCUUCUCCAGUAUAUUUAUUUUAUGCUCUGUUUAUAAACCCUUGUAUUGAUGUGGAUCUAUAAUAGUCUUCCUCUGGCAGUCUACAAAUGCAGUGUUGAUGGCCAGAUCUCCUUGAGACUAGUACUGUUGAAAUUUGGAGUUGCUCAAUUAUUACUGUUCGGCAGCUUAAAAGAAUUAUUCCUCUUAUAAUUAACAUGGAAUUUAAAUUCCCAAACUUGACAUUAAUUGCACAGUUUCAAUGAUGUAAAUUGCAAAAUAAACGCACUGCAGAAUGUG